AACUCCACAAAUCUCAUUUCCAAACAAUAACACCAAAUAAGACAUCACACUCAUUCAGACACGCUUCGCAUAAAUCCUUUUCUUCCAAAGAAUCCAAACUCUCUCUCUCACUCAUUCACACAUUUUAUCAAACACAUCACACACCCACCUCGAUUUUGCGUCAUGAGACCUGUCCUCACCACCGUUCUCCUUCACUCCUCACAACCAUGCCUUCCCACGUGACCUUCCCUCCAUUUUCAGUUAAAGAGCUAGCUCUUUCAGCUAUUUCGGAUCUUGGGUAUUAGUUAGAAACUUAAGAAUUGUUUCAGUUUGUUUGAAAUUUCAAAUUUUGAUGGAAAUGGAGGCUUCCGGUGCAACAGCAUCUCCUAGAAAUAGGUUGGAUCAUGUGAAAAAAGAUGGAUCCGAAGAGACCCAUUUGCAAAACUUAGACUUGGAAUCUGCUACCAAUGUUUCCGGGACUAACUCCCAGUUCCAAUCAAUGAAUGCCUUAGAGAUUUUGAGAGAAUCUGUUAGAAUUCUUCGGUACAAUUUGCAUGGGUUUAUGGUUAUCGCCGUGUUGCUCAUUUGCCCGGUGAGUGCUGUGCUAUUAACGAAUGUGUUAGUGGAUGAAUCUAUUGUGAAGAGAUUGACUGUUAGGCUUUUGUUGGUGGCUAAGUCCAGUGGACUCCCUCUUAGGCCUCUUGUCAAACAGUCGUGCCAGCAUUUCGCUGGGAUGAUGGUUUCCUCUGCAUUCUGCCUCCCUUUGUACAUUACAUUGUCAUUGUUAUCUAAAGCUGCGGUGGUUUAUUCUGUAGAUUGUACUUAUUCGAAGAAAAAAUUUGAUGUGUCCAAGUUUUAUGUGAUCAUUGUCCAGAUAUGGAGGCGGAUUGUUUCAACAUAUAUGUGGGUGUGUAUGUUGGUAGUUGGUUGUGUCACAUUGUUAUGUGUUCUACUUAUUGCGGUAUGCACUGCAUUUGCUGUAAUUGGACUUUCGCCGGAUCUGAUUGUGUAUGCUGCAAUGGUGCUGGCAAUUUUUUUAUCGGUCAUUUUUGCCAAUGCAAUCGUCAUUUGCAACAUUGCUAUUGUGAUCUCAGUGUUGGAGGAUGUUUCAGGACCGCAGGCAUUGCUACGGUCUAGUGUGUUGAUUAAGGGCCAAACGCAAGUGGGUCUUUUCAUAUUUCUUGGAUCAACAAUUGGGAUGGCGUUUAUUGAGGGUUUGUUUCAGCAUAGAGUGAAGACGCUGAGCUAUGGAAAUGGGUCUUCAAGGAUAUGGGAAGGGCCUCUUUUGGUGAUCAUGUAUUCAUUUGUGGUGCUUAUUGAUUCCAUGAUGACUGCAAUUUUCUACUUCUGUUGUAGAUAUUCCAAUUUGGAUGCUUCAGAUGUUGAAGGCCAGUCAAUACUAGAAACAAUGGCUGUUUCUGCUGAAAGGAUAGGCAUUGAAUGAGAAGACUGUAAAUUUGAUUUGUUGUCAAACAUUUUUUAUUAAAUAACAUGAAGAUGGAGCAGCUAGAGAAAAUUAGGAUCUUGUUGCCAGUUUCAUUAUUUCACCAUCAACAAAAAUCAUUGUAUUAGUAUGUCAGCAUAUCUUCACAAAAUUUCAGCAAAAAAAAAAAAAAAAAAAAAAUCUUUG